AAAAUAGAGCCCAGCUUCAAGACCAGGACGUUUUAUUUCCAAAACCUUAAUUUUACUGUAGUGGCCUGAAAGGUAUUGGGUGUACUGAAUCAAACUACUUUGCGCAAGGUUUGAAUAUGGGCGGUGAAGGUAGUUCACUUUCUUCGACAGAUUCCGAUGAGUCGAAUUCGGAGAAGAAGACCAGAAACUCUGCUUGAUGCUAGCCCAGCAAAUGAAACAUAUGAGAAAUGUUCGGAAACUGCUUACUCAGAAAGUCGUAGUCUGGAUAACCUCAUAGAACGCCCUCAUAAACUUUUCUUCUUGUUGUGUCCCCUGCUUGUUGUGUCGGUUGUUUAUUUUAUUGUGAGUAACAUUGGUAGUGAUUGCUGGUCUUGUUCUGGUUCUUCUUGGAGCUCCGAUUUCGAUGUUGCAACUGCUAGGUCUCAUCUGGUAAAAGUUACAGAUCUUGGCCCUCGAACCGCAGGAUCUGCGGCUAAUGAGGUUGCUGCCGCUGAUUACAUCCGGAAUGAACUGAAAUCAAUAGCAGCUAUUGCUGACGGCUCAGAACUACAAGUUCUUUUCGAUGAGCAUAUAUCCAACUACUCAAGUUUUAGAGCAUUUUUUCACAUAUCGUCUUACAAUAAUGUGCGCAACUUUGCUCUUCGCUUCCAUGACUUUCGUGCUAAGAACGGAAAUACAAAGAAAUCAGCAUUCCUCAUCAACUGUCACUAUGAUACAGCUCCUGGUAGCCCUGGUGCUAGUGAUGCCUUUGUCAACUGUGCUGUCAUGCUCGAAGUCAGCCGCAUAUUGGCUACAGGUUCAUAUAUUCUAUCUAAUGACCUUGUAUUCCUUUUCAACGGCGCCGAAGAAAGCCUGCUGCUUAGUAGCCAUGCCUUCAUAACUCAACACAGUUGGGCUGACGACAUUGUUGCUUUUAUGAAUCUUGAGGGAGCCGGUGCUGGAAAGCGGCUUUUACUUUUUCAAACUGGACCAGGACAGUCAUCAGAAGUGUUACUUGACGCCUAUGCGAAUUCUUUCAGACAGCCAUACGCUAGUAUUUUUGGUGAAGAUGUGUUUCAAUUCGGACUAAUACCGUCCGAUACUGACUACAGGAUAUUUCGUGACUAUGGUUCUUAAGAUGCCUCAUACAAUAUUACUCGUACAACCCUCAGUAAAGAAACCAGACACACGCACAUGGUCUGAUUACGAGACUGUAGAACAAUGUCUUGAAGGCGUUUGCAAGAUCUAUGAAGAACAGUUGAAGCGUGAGAAACCGAAUGCUCCUACUAUUACAUAUGAUAUUUCUCAGCUUUUUCAGUUUAUCGACCAGCUGGCUGACCUCAGUUGUUUAGUUUUUCAUGAACCUACCUACACGUAUGUCCCACACCAUAAAAACUGGAUCAAAGAGCAAGUUUAUGUACUCCUUAGAAACCAGGCUGGGCAGUAACUGAUAUUAAACUAAAUUAUGUGCUGCAGUUUUGUCCGGCAUGUAAACCUCAAUAACUGAAAUAUAUGUUUUAUCUAC